CUUUUUAAAUUCUGUAAGCUUGAGCCAAGAUUGCUAAGAUCUCAUGCUCUGCGAGUGGUUUUCUGUAUAUUCUGUAAUCUGUAUAAUUGAAGAAGUAAAGUGAGGUAGAUAGUCAGUUACUUGUAAGUGUGUUCUAAAAGUAAUGUGCGUUUAAUGGAUACAUUAUCAUUAAAAUUACUAUUACGACUUAAUUCUUCAAGUGCUUAACUACUUAUAUAGUUUUCAAUUAAAAACGCGUGUUAGCGUGUAUAUCUUUUUCAUCACAUAAAAUGGAUGCAACGCUGUCUGCUUUUGCCAAGUACAAAGCUAAUACGUCUGCAAACAAGCAGAAGAAAAAUAAGAAGAGGAGGAAAGCUGUUGAUAAGAACACUCCUGGUUUGUCGGCGGUUGAAAUUAAUGAUGAACAAUCAAAACAAAUUGCACGUCAAUUAAAGAAGAAGCAAAAAAAAUCGAAAGACACAAACAUAACAAAGAAAAAACAACACAAGAAUAAAUCUAAAAACAAGAGCAAAACCCAUAGUUCUCCACCAGCGAGUGAUGAGCGUCAGUCAGAUGAGCAAACUGCAUCAGUCGUCACAGACGCAGACAUAUACGAUGCCCAAGUCUCCGGUAAGGAAGCUGUACUCCAGAGUGUUGAAGACAUAGACUGUGAUCUGAGCUUCAAUUUUGAGCCAUUGUUAACAGACAGCUCACAGGAAGGAUUGAAAGUGUUUAGUUGGAUUAUUGCACCCUACACAGCAGACCAGUUCUUUAAAGAGGUUUGGGAGAAAAAGCCUUUACACAUAUCAAGGAAAAAACCAAAUUAUUACAAAGAAAUCAUUACUACAUCUAUUAUAGAUGAUAUGCUGAGAAAUGAAAACAUACAAUAUACAAAAAAUAUAGAUGUGACAUCAUAUCAGAAUGGUGAGAAACAGACUCACAACCCUGAGGGCAGGGCUCACCCACACCUUGUGUGGGACUUCUAUUUACAAGGAUGCAGUAUCAGGUUAUUAAAUCCUCAAACUUAUAUUCCGAAACUGCACCUGUUAAAUGCAACCAUGCAGGAAUUCUUUAAUUCGUUUGUCGGUGCCAAUGCUUAUCUGACACCUCCCGAUAGCCAAGGAUUUGCUCCACACUAUGAUGACAUUGAAGCUUUCAUUCUACAGACAGAAGGUAAAAAACACUGGCGUGUUUACAAACCACCCAGCCCAGAAGAGGUACUGGCUAGGGUGUCAUCCAGAAACUUUAACCAAGCUGAAAUCGGUGAUCCCAUACUAGAAGUUAUUUUAGAGCCCGGAGAUCUACUUUACUUUCCACGAGGCUACAUUCAUCAAGGAGUCACCAUAGAAGGUGAACACUCUCUACAUCUCACAAUUAGCAUGUUUCAGAAGCAUGCCUGGGCAGAUUUGUUUGAAAAGCUACUUCCUGGUGCCUUGCAUAGUGCUAUUAAUGAAAAUAAAGAUCUAAGACAAGGCCUGCCCGUGGAUAUCUAUGACCACCUUGGUUUGGUUCACUCAGACAGUAAGACACCUCGCCGAAAACAUAUUAAAAAUACUAUUGUAAAACUUUUUAACAAAAUUAUAGAAUACCUACCAUUUGAUGAAGCUGUGGAUCAAAUGCAUAAGGAAUUCCAGCAUGCUGCACUCCCACCUGUCUUGAGUGAUUUGGAGAAAAUGGUGACUGUGUUCGGUGAAACCGAUGUCAUGAUAGAUGGUGGAAUUGUCACUAACAGAGUUGAGAUGUGUCUUAGUACUAGAAUAAGACUACUACGUAAGAAUAUACUUAGAAUGGUAUCUGAAGAAAACAUACGGGUUUACUAUCACGUAGAGAAUUCUUUAGAGUACCAUGGUACUGAGUUGCCUUAUCUUGAGAUAGACGAAGAACUAGCUCCUGGUAUUGAGAGUUUGAUAACAGCAUACCCAGAAUAUAUAAGUGUGGAAAACCUACACUUGCCUCUAGAUUCAGAUAAGCUUUUCAUAGCUGAUGCAUUAUGGAGCAGAGGCCUGGUCAUGACUGAAUACCCAUUGGAUACUGUAGAAUAAUUACAGGCAUAGUUCAGUAAUUUUUAAAUCUGCGUAUUGUUUACUUUCUAGGCCUUAUAAUGUCCCAUCACUAGUGUAUAUUUGACAAACUUUUGUCUGCUUAUUAUUAUUAGUAUUUAAUUAAAAUACAAGAUUUUGAAAACCA